CGUUGGCUCCCGGCGGCCCUCGCGAGGGUUCCGGUCUCGCUGAGUGCAGGAGAUGGCCGGGGUUAGCUCCGCCGCAGUGUCGGGAGCUGGCACGCCUGUGGCCGGGCCCUCGGGCCGGGACCUGUUCGCGGAAGGGCUACUGGAGUUCCUGCGGCCCGCCGUGCAGCAGCUUGACUCCCACGUGCACGCGGUUCGGGAGAGUCAGGUGGAGCUGCGGGAACAGAUCGACAAUUUGGCCACAGAACUCUGCAGAAUCAAUGAAGAUCAGAAGGUGGCUUUGGAUCUGGAUCCCUACGUGAAGAAGCUCCUUAAUGCCAGGAGACGGGUGGUUUUGGUGAAUAACAUCCUACAGAAUGCUCAGGAGCGGUUGAGACGGUUGAAUCACAGUGUUGCCAAGGAGAACAUUAGACGGCGGGCCAUGCUAGAGUCUGGGGGCUACCCUUCUGGUUCCCCAAGCAAAUAAUGCUUCUCAGAAGUUGAACCAGAAGCCAUCCCUGCUCUCUAAUUGUCCUGCUUCAAACUUUAGACUUCAACUAUGAUUCUAGAAGACACUGAAUCUGUACUGACUUGGAGCACUGGGAGCUAGGUUAACUGUUUAGAUUGGAACCCCAGAAAUAACCCCUUGACUAAAUUCUGGUUGAAAAGGUUCCAUACGAAUCAGUUGAUAAGUAUUCUUGUUUCUAAAGAGCUAUUUAUAAAGAAUGCAAAUUUAUAAAUGGAAAAGCUGCAUACUUCAGCACCCUGAAUCAAUGAAUGACCCUGGGUGGCACUGUUCCUCCUAGGUGCUAAGUUGCUGGUCCCUGAAUAGCUUCUUUCACAGAGACAUCUACUCUUUUGCUUGCACUGAGGUUUGAGGGGGAAGGAUCUUGGUGAGGAAGCCUUGCCCAUCUUUCUAUGGAUUGCACUAGCUUUAAGCUGCCACAGUAGCAUUUCUAUAAUUGUAUAAUUCAAUAAAUAUCAGAGUAUUAAUGCUGUAA